CAGCCGGGAGCCGCUAUGAUCCUGCUGGAGGUGAACACGGAGACCCUCAGCCUCAAGUUUGAGAAUGCGGCGGCCGGGAACAAGCCAGAGGCUGUGGAGGUGACAUUUGCAGACUUUGAUGGCGUCCUGAAUCACAUCUCCAACCCAAAUGGAGACAAGGGGAAGAUCAUGAUCAGCCUCGCCCUGAAGUUCUACACGGAGCUGCAGGAUCACGGAGCCGACGAGAUUCUUAAGAAACUCUAUGGAGAUUAUCUAGUCUCUCCUGAAUCUGGUUACAAUGUGUCUUUGUUGUACGACUUGGAAAACCUUCCUCCCAACCGUGACUCCGUCAUCCACCAGGCCGGUAUGCUCAAGAGGAACUGCUUUGCGUCGGUGUUUGAGAAGUACUUCAGGUUCCAGGAAGAGGGCAGAGAUGGAGAAGAGAGAGCCGUCAUUCACUACCGGGAGGAUGAGACCAUGUAUGUGGAAGCCAAGAAGGAUCGUGUGACUGUGGUCUUCAGCACUGUAUUUAAGGACGAUGAUGAUGUCGUUUUAGGGAAAGUGUUCAUGCAGGAGUUUAAGGAGGGACGCCGCGCCAGUCACACCGCACCUCAGGUUCUGUUCAGCCAUCGGGAGCCUCCCCUAGAGUUGAAGGACACGGACGCAGCAGUGGGAGAUAACAUUGGUUACAUCACAUUCGUGCUUUUUCCACGUCACACCAAUGCCAACGCACGGGACAACACCAUCAAUCUGAUCCACACAUUCCGGGAUUACCUGCACUACCACAUUAAAUGCUCCAAGGCUUACAUCCAUACCCACAUGAGGGCAAAAACAUCAGACUUCCUCAAGGUUCUGAACAGAGCUCGUCCUGACGCAGAGAGAAAGGAGAUGAAGACCAUGUCGGGCAAGACCUUUUCCACUCGUUGACCCAUGGCUGAUGCCAAGUCAAUACCGUUCAAAAGCACCAAUCGCCCCAGGUGUCAAAAUUCCAGUUGGAACGGUUCCAGAGUGACCCUGGGGAACAGUUCAGUGAAAAUCAGUGUAUUUGAAGCUUUGCUUUGCCAAGACCGAAGUCGAGUAAACAGAAGAGUGAGACUUUCUGCUUUCGUCAUGUCCCUCUACUCUGCGCCAUAUUCUGCUUUACGUACUUGUUUCUUAUAAAAAAGAAAAAAAAAUCUUGGUGAAAAUACAUUGUGCAAUGAAUGUUUUUUGGAAUUAUUAAAUCUUUCUAUCCUAAAAAAA